GUGACGGUGGUGUGAACGUUUGUGCAAGACUGUGCCGUGAUAACUGCUAUUAAUAGUGCUCGGUGAUAAGCAAAAUCCUGCAACCAAGUAGCCCUCGUGUUGGGGGCCCCCGAUUUGUGGUCUUCAGUGACUGUGUGUUGGAUAAAAAAAACGAUGGUGCCAAGUGUGAAAAAGUGCAUCUGCAUCGCGUUGUUUGUGCUGGUGUCGACUGCAUCCGGACAGGUGGCCGAACAAGGUGAGCGAGCUGCCGGGUGGGCACCCACGUGGGCGGAUACGCUCAAAAAGGAUCUGCUGAAGGGAUACGAUCCAUCGAUACGUCCAUCGCAACACUACAAUGUAACGACCGUCGAGACGGGCAUCACUAUUACGCACGUGGAGAUAAAUGAAAUCAAAUCAACGCUUUCGGUGUACGGAUGGAUGAAGUUUAACUGGAAUGAUCCUAAGCUGACGUGGAAUCCCGCGAACUACGGGAAUCUGAACGUGGUCCGUUGGGAUCCUACGAUCGUAUGGAGACCGGAUGUGGUGCUGUACAACAAUGCGGGUGGAUCGGAUCAGCAUCAUUAUGGCGACACCAAUGCGCUGGUGUACAGUGAGGGAAAAGUUCUGUGGGUUCCACCGACCGAGUACCAUGCGUUCUGUGAGCUCAACAUGCGCCUGUGGCCUUUCGAUUAUCAGAAAUGUUUCGUCAAGGUCGGAUCCUGGACGUUCGAUGGGUACAUGCUGAAUCUGACCAUUGGUAGUGAACCGCAGAUCGAGACACUGGUCAGUAACUCUGAGUGGAAAAUUGUCAAGAUAGGCGUGGAGAGGAACACCAAAUUCUACCCGUGCUGUACGGAACCGUACGUCGACAUUACGUACAACAUCACGCUGCAACGUCAAUCCGAUACGCAUCGUGCCAUCGUGAUCAUACCGGCGCUAGUGAUCAUCAUACUGGCGCUCUCCGUUUUUUGGUUACCGUUGGAAUCGGGCGAACGGAUUAUCACCAACGGCAUCAUUGCGCUGAUGAUUACGAUCUACCUGGUUUAUUUCGCCCAACAGCUUCCGGCAAUUUCGGGCCAUACGCCACUGAUUGUGAUCUUCUUCAGCAACACGCUACUGUUGACCGCGUUCAGCACCAUCAUCAGUGUAAUUGUGCUGAACGUUGCGAAGGGGAAGCACCAGCGAAGUCUGCCGAAUGUGCUGAAACGUUUGGCCGGAUGUGUCGGACCGUUCGUGGGCGUAGGGAAGAAGCACUUUAGCUUUAGCGACAAGGGUAACGUGACCAUCGAGAGCAGCAUCGAUCACGAGUGGAGCAAAUUCGGGCUGGUGUUGAACCGCUUGUCGUUCAUUGUAUAUUGUAUCAUUUUCGUCAUUUGCGCAUUCUAUAGCUUCUAAUUGUGCGACUUUUGCUCGACAGAAGAUCAACAAAUAAUUCGUUUUCAAUGUAACAGUAUAAUCAUGAUUAAUAAACUGGAAAGGCAAAGCUAA